UUGUGGGGUUUUUCAGACAGAACAAUAAGGAAACUGAUUUCCCGACAUCCAGAAUUCCAAACCAGAACUGCGUUCAAAUCCAAACUAUUUUUUUCCUUUUUAAAACCUUUUUCUGGGAUUUUCCUUCGAAUAUUUCGUUUGUGAUUCAUUUUAUAUUCGGGGGGAAUUUUUCGUUUUGAUUUCUUUUUGUUUUUAGAAUGAUUUCAAGCCAUGCGCUGGCUUCAGAAUAUUUCCUUUUCUUCUUCGUCGUCAGCUUCUUCUUCCAACAUCGCUUCCACACCGGCAGCUUCUUCCGGGAAGCAUUUUCAAGAUAAUAAUAGCUAUCAUAAGCGUAAUCACAAGCAACGCCACAUCUUUCGUCACCAUUACUUGGGGUUUCGCAUUGCGGGGCCUAAGCUAACGCGUCUCAGCGACCGGGAGUCGGUGGCGUCUCCGCCCUCCUCCAGCUUCGAUUCCCCAUUGUCGUCUUCAGUUCCUACUUCGAGGGCACCACCUUCGCCGUUGACGGUGCCGUUGCCGCUUCCGCUUCCGCUUCCUGAAGGAGACGGCGAGCAAAGGUUGCCGUCGCCGACUGAGGUUGGGCAUGGUAGAGCUUUAGAGGAUAGAGAUAGAGAAAAAGUAGAUGGAACUCCUUCCAAUUCUAGUAUGUUCGUGUCUCGUGUCGCGAGGAAGAUGGCGGAGUAUUUGGGCAUAAUAUCAACCCUGAAGGUUUUGCAUCAAGAAGUGAAUCGAGGGGACUGUUCUCAGGAUGAGUUUAGGGUGAAUGUUCCUAUUAGGAGUGCCCCUGCGAGUCCGUUUUCUAGUUCGUCCGCAUUUAGUCCACACCGAAUGAGUACCGGUGACGUGUUUCCGAACUACAUUGCUCCCCCUACGGGAAAACAAGUCUGGUCUGCACCGGAUAUGCCGACAUUAGAUAUGACGGGACUUCCUCCCCCAGCAUUCUAUGAUUGCACCGUAUUCAGUACCGAUAAUACUCCUCUUCACAGUCCAAUUAAAAGUCCUCGUCCAACAUAUAGAAGCCAAAGUGGACCACCUUCACCAACACAUCAGGAGUUUCCGUCGACCCGAUCUGAAAGUAGUGGCCCUAUUGUCCAUCCAUUACCUCUUCCUCCUGGAGCAACCCUGGCUUCACCUUCAGCUCCCAUUCCCCAAGUUCCAACUAAACCAGAGUCGUUCCCGAUGAAUUGUCAAUGGCAAAAAGGCAAGCUUAUCGGACGUGGUACAUUUGGAAGCGUUUAUGUUGCCAGUAAUAGAGAAACAGGCGCAUUAUGUGCAAUGAAGGAAGUUGAGAUAUUUCCCGAUGACCCGAAGUCAGCAGAGUCUAUAAAGCAACUAGAGCAGGAGAUUAAGGUUCUUAGCCAGCUGAAGCAUCCAAACAUAGUUCAGUAUUAUGGUAGUGAAACAGUUGAAGACAAGUUCUACAUAUAUCUGGAGUAUGUUCAUCCUGGUUCGAUUAAUAAAUAUGUUCAUGAUCACUGUGGUGCCAUAACAGAAUCCGUUGUCCGCAAUUUUACUCGCCAUAUUCUUUCCGGGUUGGCUUACCUCCACAGCACAAUGACAAUCCACAGAGAUAUUAAAGGGGCUAAUUUGCUCGUUGAUGCAUCCGGAGUUGUCAAGCUUGCUGAUUUUGGGAUGUCUAAACAUCUUAGCGGACAAAGAGCUGAUCUAUCUUUGAAGGGAAGUCCAUACUGGAUGGCUCCAGAGCUUAUGCAAGCCGUGAUGCAGAAAGAUAAUAGUUCUGAUCUCGCUCUAGCUGUUGAUAUUUGGAGUUUGGGUUGUACCAUUAUCGAAAUGUUCACUGGUAAAGCACCAUGGAGUGAGUAUGAAGGGGCUGCAGCAAUGUUUAAAGUGAUGAAGGAUACCCCUCCCAUUCCUGAAACAUUAUCACCAGAGGGGAAGGAUUUCCUACGCUGUUGCUUCAGAAGGAAUCCUGCAGAGAGAACGACUGCAAGCAUGUUACUCGAGCAUAUAUUUGUAAAAUGCUCACCUCAGUCGGGUGCCUCAUCUUCCAAUGGGAUAAAGUCCACGGAUAUGCCCCUCAGUCCUGGAGAGCGAUCUGAAUUCAAAUUGGAUCAGUCGCCUGUGCAGUCAAGCCAACGAAGUCCGAAAAUUGUGACUCCUGUGAGGGGGACUACACAACGAUCUCAUUACAAGAGUCCAGAGUUAAGAGUGGCUGCACGUAAUUCCCCUCAUUCGACCCUCGAGACCCUUCCCAGUUUGUCUCCUCCACGCUCGGGUCAAAGUGCCCAUCACCUCAGCCCUUUUAGUAGGUCUUCUAACCAAGAGUCUAAGAAGCUCCAUAUUUUCAGAUGACAAAUUCAAGAAUGAAAACAGAACGCUGUACGUUAUUUUUCGAGGUUUUCCGUGAACAAGGCAAAGCUUCGAGCAUUGCGCUCAACACCUCGGAGGGUGCCGUUUCAACUUGUAGCCAUGGAGAACCCAAGUAAAAAUGCUCCCGAGCUACGCGGUCGACUCUAACCCAUACCUGAU